AUGCGAAGACAGGUUUACGGUCGAGAGUGGAGCUACGGAGGUGCUCCAGGCCGACGAACCGGAGUGGUGUGCGAGGUGCCUCGGACGAAUCGCAAACACAGGUAUCGCGAGACUAUUUCGCUGGGCACCACGCGACUCAGUGCAUCGGAGGUGUCUCUUUUGAUUGGAGACCUGAUUGAGAAGUGGUUGGGCGAGGAUUAUCAUUGGCUCCACAGAAACUGCCUUGCCUUUGCCAACGAGUUCUGCCGUAAACUAGGUGUUGGAAAUAUCCCAGCCUGGAUUGACCGACUGCCGCGUGGAGUUUGUGCGCUUGAUGAAGGCGUGCGGAACUUGGCAGAGACGGUGAGAGGGCUGGCUGACGGCACCCGUGCAGCUGCACAUGCUUUAGCCGAAGGCCGGUUGCAGCUUCGGCUUCGCCUGCCACAGCCAUGUCUUCGGUUCAACUCGAGGUUUCAGUACUGUAGCUGCAGAGUGUGCUCUGAGCCUCGGACUCGUUCAUUGCGUGUGGUAGCACGCUUGCGGUCUGCUUCCUCCCUGCGGAGAGAUGCACAUUUUCGAGCUAGCUGGGUUCCAAAGGUAUUAUGUGUUGACCUAUGGACCUAUGUUCCCGUUUGA